AUUACAGGAAUAACCCCAUCGGCAAUAAAACCUCGGCUCCCGUUGAGGAACCAUUUCUUUUCGGUGGCGUCGCUCGCCGCUGAGAACUCCUCGUCUGCCGGUCUUUUCUCGUUCUCUGCUUCACUCUCUGCCUCUGAUCGUCUCCGCGGGCGAUCCCUCGCGCCCUCCGCCUCGGAUCGGCUCUUCCGACGCCCCGCCUCUCAUGACCAUGACGACUCCACCGCCUCUCGAUCAGGAGGAGGACGAGUUGUUGGUCCCACGCCCGGAGAUCGCGGAAGGGCCCCAGCCAAUGGAAGUUGCUCAGAGUGAAACUACUAGUACUGCUGAGAACCAUCAGGUAGAGGAACCUUCGUCCUCCAGGUUUACAUGGACAAUCGAGAAUUUCUCUAGGUUGAAUACCAAGAAGCUCUACUCUGAUAUGUUUAUAGUCGGUGGCUACCAGUGGAGAGUGCUUAUCUUUCCAAAAGGUAAUAAUGUUGAUUAUUUGUCGAUGUACCUGGAUGUUGCUGAUUCAGCAAGCCUACCAUAUGGGUGGAGUAGGUUUGCACAGUUCAGUUUGGCUGUGGUCAAUCAAAUCCAAAGCAAGUAUUCAAUAAGGAAAGACACCCAACACCAAUUUAACUCACGUGAAAGUGAUUGGGGUUUCACAUCGUUUAUGCCUCUAAACGAAGUAUAUGACCCAAGCAGAGGAUUUCUAGUAAAUGAUACCAUAGUAGUUGAAGCUGAUGUUGCUGUCCGCAGAGUCAUUGAUUAUUGGUCUUAUGACUCAAAAAAGGAGACAGGUUAUGUUGGACUCAAGAAUCAGGGGGCUACUUGUUACAUGAAUUCCCUUCUCCAGACUUUGUAUCAUAUUCCUUAUUUCAGGAAGGCUGUGUACCAUAUGCCUACAACUGAGAAUGAUAUGCCAUCAGGAAGCAUUCCAUUGGCCCUGCAGAGUUUGUUUUAUAAGCUCCAAUACAGUGAUGGCAGUGUUGCUACAAAAGAUUUGACGAAAUCUUUCGGCUGGGAUACAUAUGAUUCGUUUAUGCAACAUGAUGUCCAAGAACUCAAUAGGGUUCUUUGUGAGAAGUUGGAAGACAAGAUGAAGGGAACUGUUGUUGAGGGCACUAUACAACAGUUAUUCGAAGGUCAUCACACGAAUUACAUAGAGUGCAUUAAUGUUGAUUACAAAUCCAGCAGAAAGGAGUCUUUUUAUGAUCUUCAGCUUGAUGUCAAAGGUUGUCAUGAUGUUUAUGCUUCUUUUGAUAAGUUCGUUGAAGUUGAGCGUCUUGAAGGAGAUAACAAAUAUCAUGCAGAACAGUAUGGUCUACAGGAUGCCAAGAAGGGUGUUCUCUUUGCUGAUUUCCCCCCUGUUUUGCAACUUCAACUCAAGCGUUUUGAAUAUGAUUUCAUGCGAGAUACUAUGAUUAAGAUAAAUGACCGUUAUGAGUUUCCAGUGCAAUUAGACCUUGAUCGAGAAAAUGGCAAAUAUCUUUCUCCUGAUGCAGACAGAAGGGUCCGCAACCUAUACACAAUUCACAGUGUGCUUGUUCACAGUGGUGGAGUGCAUGGUGGACACUACUAUGCCUUUAUCCGUCCAAAUCUUUCUGACCAGUGGUAUAAGUUUGAUGAUGAGCGUGUGACAAAAGAAGAUACAAAGAGGGCAAUUGAGGAACAGUAUGGUGGUGAGGAGGAGUUACCACAGAUAAAUCCCGGUUUCAAUAAUACUCCAUUCAAGUUUACAAAGUAUUCAAAUGCUUACAUGCUUGUAUAUAUUCGUGAAAGUGACAAGGAUAAAAUAAUGUGUAAUGUAGAUGAGAAGGAUAUUGCUGAGCACCUUAGGAUAAGAUUGAAGAGAGAACAAGAAGAAAAAGAACAAAAAAAGAAAGAGAAAGCUGAGGCUCACCUGUAUACUAUCAUUAAGGUGGCCCAGGAUAAGGACCUAAUGGAACAGAUAGGAAGGGAUAUUUAUUUUGACCUGGUUGAUCAUGACAAAGUUCGCAGCUUUCGCAUACAAAAGCAAUUGCCUUUCAGUAUUUUCAAGGAGGAGGUGGCGAGAGAAUUUGGUAUACCAGUACACUUCCAACGAUUUUGGUUGUGGGCUAAACGACAGAAUCAUACAUACCGUCCAAACAGGCCUUUAAGUCCUCAAGAAGAAGCACAAUCUGUUGGGCAGUUGAGGGAGAUAUCUAAUAAGGCACAGAAUGCUGAACUUAAGCUACUCCUAGAAGUAGAGCUCGGACCGGACUUGCAUCCUUCUCCCCCACCUGAAAAAACUAAGGAAGAUAUACUGCUUUUCUUCAAGCUUUAUGACCCUGAAAAGGAGGAGCUUAGAUAUCUUGGGAGGUUGUUUGUGAAGGGGCUUGGAAAGCCAGCAGAUAUACUUACUAAAUUGAAUGAGAUGGCUGGUUUUUCACCAAAUGAAGAAAUUGAACUUUUCGAGGAAAUAAAAUUUGAGCCAAAUGUGAUGUGUGAACGCAUUGACAAGAGACUUCCCUUUCGUUCCAGCCAGCUGGAGGAUGGUGACAUUAUAUGCUAUCAGAAAUCCCCUUCACUUGGCAAUAAUGAGCCAAUCCGUUAUCCUGAUGUUCCAUCUUUUUUGGAAUAUGUUCGUAAUAGGCAGGUGGUUCAUUUUCGAUUGCUAGAGAAGCCAAAGGAAGAUGAUUUUUGCUUAGAGCUGUCAAAACUUGAUACCUACGAUGAUGUUGUAGAAAAGGUGGCACGCCAACUUAGCCUAAAUGAUCCAUCAAAAAUCCGGCUUACAUCACAUAACUGCUACUCUCAGCAGCCUAAACCUCAACCCAUCAAAUAUAGGGGUGUGGAUCAUUUAUCUGAUAUGCUUGUCCAUUUCACACAGACAUCUGAUAUAUUAUAUUAUGAAGUGCUGGAUAUACCAUUGCCUGAAUUGCAAGGUUUAAAAACUCUAAAAGUUGCAUUUCAUCAUGCCACCAAGGAUGAGGUUGCAAUUCAUAGCAUUAGACUACCAAAGAAUAGUAUUGUCGCUGAUGUGAUCAAUGACCUAAAGGCAAAGGUUGAGCUGUCCCACCCUAAUGCUGAACUUCGAUUACUAGAGGUCUUCUAUCACAAGAUUUACAAGAUAUUCCCACCUAGUGAAAAAAUAGAAAACAUAAAUGAUCAGUAUUGGACAUUGCGUGCAGAGGAGAUUCCAGAGGAAGAGAAAAACCUUGGCCCUCAAGAUCGCUUAAUUCAUGUAUAUCAUUUCAUGAAAGAUCCAAAUCAGAAUCAGAUGCAAAUUCAGAACUUUGGGGAACCUUUUCUUCUGGUUAUUCAUGAAGGUGAAACUUUAGCUGAAGUGAAAGUACGUAUCCAAAAAAAACUUCAGAUUCCGGACGAUGACUUCUCUAAGUGGAAGUUUGCAUUCUUAUCUAUGGGUCGUCCAGAUUACCUGCAAGAUUCAGAAAUUGUAUCUAAUCGAUUUCAGAGAAGAGAUGUUUAUGGAGCUUGGGAGCAGUACCUUGGAUUAGAACAUUCGGACACUGCUCCAAAAAGGGCUUACACAGCAAAUCAGAACCGUCAUACUUUUGACAAACCAGUGAGAAUCUAUAACUAAAAUGCGGUCAGACACAUCUAUUGUGUUUAUGCCUUGAAGAGAUGCCAUUUUCCCUGGUCAAUCAAGUUCAUGAUAGGAGAGGUCGAAACACCACACUGAUCCUUGAUUCAAAAGCAGCAAGCCCUGUUCCUUUUGUUAUUUACAUUCCCAGGCUGGUUGAGGAAAGCGUACCGAGCUCCUAAAUUUCAUUUUGGGUUUUUGUCCUUAUUUGCCAUGGCCACCACCUGAACAGCAGUUGGCUUGUUUCUAGUGAAAUAUAGUGCAUAAAGAAGAUUUUGUAUUAGGAAAUGUUUACAGGAGGUAUAUCGGUUCCUACUAGUCUGUUGAUUCUAGCCUCUGCUGUUUGUCUUCUUUUCUAUUAAAGUCGGGCAACAUGGGGUUGUAUAUUGUGGUGAUUACUGUUCAUAGCUGAGUUGAACAGUUACUGUAAGAUUUAUAUACCCCCGCUUUGCCACCUAUAUUAUUAGUUGUUUCAUUCAUGCUAUAAAACUAUACCUUGUUUCAUUCA